AUAAUCCCUGCCCGGCGACUUAUUUCUCCAGUAUUUAUCGAGCAUUCAACUUUUACCGAAGUUCAUAUCUAAUUACUAGUUUAUUUACUCACAAUAUAUGGAUUGAAAUUUCCCCAGUGCCUCUGGUGUUUAUUUUUCUACUACACGUCACAGGAUUGAAAAAUGGCGUCGAAACUGUGGAAAGCCUUCAGCAGAAAGCGAGUGGAUGAUAACUCAGAGGGAAAAGGAGAAUUGGCCCGAGUUUUGGGACUUAUGGACCUCACAGCUCUAGGUGUUGGUGGCACAUUGGGUCUAGGAAUUUAUGUUCUAGCCGGUAGUGUCGCUAAGGAAACAGCAGGACCCGCUGUCUGCAUCUCCUUCUUCAUCGCUGCUUUUGCCUCAGCCCUAGCUGGCAUGUGCUAUGCUGAAUUCGCGUCAAGAGUACCCAAGGCGGGUUCUGCUUACGUGUACAGUUACGUCACUGUAGGAGAGUUUAUAGCUUUUAUUAUUGGAUGGAAUCUCAUCCUCGAAUACGUAAUUGGAACUGCGAGUGUUGCCCGUGGCCUGAGCAACUAUGUAGAUUCCCUCAUUGGUAACGUAAUGAGAAACUAUUUGCACUCGGUGAUGCCAAUUAACGUGUCCUUUUUAUCAACUUACCCUGACUUUUUCGCCUUCGCCGUUGUUAUGCUGCUGGUGGUACUGCUCUGCAUCGGAGUGCGUGAGUCCUCAUUACUGAAUAUGGGAUUCACGGCCGUCAAUCUGAUAACGAUCUCGAUUGUCAUCGUGGCAGGAUCAUUAAAAGCUGACCCUUCCAACUGGAGUAUCUCUCCAGAAGACAUUCCAAGUAAUUACACGCACGUGGGAACGGGUGGAUUCAUGCCCUUCGGGAUAUCCGGAGUGAUGGUGGGCGCUGCCAAAUGCUUCUACGGAUUCGUCGGCUUCGACGCAGUCGCAGCGACCGGUGAAGAAGCCAAGAAUCCCCAAAAGACUAUUCCCAUCGCUAUCGUUUUAUCACUCGCAAUCUCCUUCGCCGCCUACUUCUCGAUAUCAACAGUUCUAACAAUGAUGUGGCCGUACUACGAUCAGAACUCAGAGGCGCCUUUUCCCUACGUCUUCGGUCAGAUCGGUUGGCCAGUGAUCAUGGGGAUUGUCAAUGUUGGAGCUGUCUUUGCUCUGUGCACUAGUCUUCUCGGGGCAAUGUUCCCGCUGCCAAGAGUUUUAUAUGCAAUGGGAAGCGAUGGUGUCAUCUUCAAGUUUCUAGCGAGGGUCAACGAAAGAACGCAGACACCUGUAUUCGGGACCAUCGCUUCAGGGCUUUUAACAGGAAUUAUGACGCUGAUCUUCGGACUCGAGCAACUCAUUGACAUGAUGUCAAUUGGUACUCUUCUUGCUUACACGAUCGUCGCAAUCUGUGUCCUCAUUCUGAGAUAUCAAAACACAAGCACAACUCUCAAGCUGUCCCCGGAGGACAUCCUGGAGGACGAUCCAACGCUCUUCGACUACUUCAAACGCAUCUUCAAUCUUAGCAAUCAGAAAGUUGCCACUGAAUUCUCGAGUGGAGUGGCAGGUUGGGCAGUUCUUGCCUUCUCGUGCCUUGCCUUUUCCUUCGGCUUGCUCCUGAAUCAUGUGAACUUCAGCGGCAUUGGACUCGAUGCAAUCGGCCUCGUCGCCCUGAUUGUGAUCGGUGUUAUGAUUGUGCUAACCAUGAUUGCUAUCGGAAGACAGCCCGUCGACGAUAUAAAUCUAGCGUUCAAGGUUCCGCUGGUGCCAUUUCUUCCGUGCUUUAGUAUCAUGAUCAAUUUAUUAUUGAUGCUUCAAUUGGAUGCAUUCACGUGGGUGAGAUUCGUUGUCUGGAUGGCCGUAGGAUUCGCAAUCUACUUCUUGUACGGCCUGAGGCAUAGUGUCCAAGGACAAAUAAACAAAAGGGCCGAUGAGUACACAGAUCCCGUGAGAAUAACCACAAAAUUCUGAGUCGAAUUACAAGUAUUAACUAUAAUCGCAAUUACUCAGGUUCGCAGGCGAAUGCAUUUAUCAGAUGAAGAUGCAGGAGAAGGUCGGAGUCAACAGAAGCCCGAAAUCUUCUGACAAUACAUUAAUAAAUUAAUCAGUUUCCACUCUUCGACUCUCUUCAUCCUCAAAAAUCAUUAUCAUCAAACAAACUAACAUGUGAUGAGAAGCGAUAUCUUUUGUAAAUAUUUUAUUCACAAACACUUUACAUUUGAGCGUAAUUUAUUCGGUAUUUCGACUCUCACUGUACAUACGUAGUAUAAAGGAUUGUAAUUAUUAUUUUGUAUUGUUCCUUUCCUCAUUAAUGUUACUCCCAUGGCGAUUGUACAAAAAUAAUAUUUAGGAGUAAAUGAAAUACAUGAUCGUACAUUUAUCUAGGAAUGUCUUUGUAUCAUAGAAAUAAAUGUAAAGCUGAUUAAUACAAGG